CCUUCCUCCUCUCGCGGUAGGACUGCUACUCCUUCCGUGCUCACUGGACAACAACCAUGGGCGAUGGCUACGGCGACGAAGACGGACGCAUCGCGCGCUUGCUGGCGGACGUGCUGGACGCCGCGCUGGCUAUCCGCAAGUUGGCGUCCAGGCCGGGUGCGAAGCAGAGCGCGUAUGAGUGUAUGGGUCUCGCGGGGCACGUCGGGGAGAUCGUCGCGUGGGCGGAGGAAAAGAGGGGCUGGCGCGCGCCCGCGGACGUCGUAGAGAGCUUGAGGCGACUGUGGAGGUUGUAUGCGGGUCUUGGGAUGCUGAUCAAGACGUUGGCGGACGGGACGAUGCUGAAGCGCGUGUUGUGGAAGGAGACGGUCAGCCGACGGAUAGCGGCCGCGAGCGGCGCUCUGGGCGAGUUCUCGGUGACGUUCGACUUGGCGUCGCAGCAAGAUCUGCAACGGGUCGACGCAGAGACGAAGAGGGCGAGGGAGAUGGACACGCAGAUGUUCGAGGCGAUGCUCCGGUCGGUUUUGGAGAACGACAACGAGAUAUUGCGCACUCUCGGCGUGGAACCCGUCAUGUUUCACAGUGCGACGCUCAGCAUUGAGAAGCGAUUAUCGCAAUUGGCUAAUGAAGACUCCGUCGAGCGACGGCUGCUGAGCCGUGCGCUCGAGCACAUAUACCGCGCGCAGUCUCGGACUCCGUCUCGGACCCCGCCCGACGGCUUCUUCCUGAGCGCGCUGGACGUCAUCGUCGAUUCCACCGCGAAGCUCGGCCCACACCUCUUCGGAGGGAGCUUUUACGAUGCGGCGGUCUGCGUCCGCGCGCUCCCUCGUGGGAUCCCGCGACCGGUACGUCCGAGAUGGCAUGUUCUUUCAAUUUUCAGCGCUCACGCGGUUCGCGCAGGUUAUCGAGGAAUGCGUUGGACAAUGGAGGUCGCUCGAGCACGAUAACGUCGUGUCGUACAUGGGCGCCUGUCUGUCGGACGAUACACCGUGCGUGGUGUACGAGCGGUCGCCGACCUGGAACGCGUCGCGGUACCUGGAACAGCAUCCGGAGGCGGAUAGGGUCAAGCUCGUAUGUUCCAUCACCUCGUCCUUGCCCGCGCGGGACCCUGUCACUGACACUCCAAAGACGUGGUCCAUGGCGACCUCCGGGCGGUACGUCUUCCCUCUGCCAUACUCAGUGUAAUGUGCAAAGAGCUGAUAUGGUCGCGCAGGACAACGUGAUCGUCUCUGCCGAUCAGAAGGCCGCUUUGGUGGGAUACGGACUGAAACAGCUCGACGCGCCUACAGAGGGCGUACAGAGUGUCCCGGACAAAUACAGCGACGUGUACGAUUUCGGUCUGACCAUUGUGGAGGUGAGAUCCAUUCUAUCAUUUUCCAUCCUUCUGAUAGCGACCAACUGAGCUCCUGUUUUCCACCCUGGCAGGUCUUCAAGGGAUCGCGCCCGUCGAAGGGAACGGAGCCCGCAGCGCUUAUUCGGAACAUCGGUGAACGCGAUCCGACCGUGGCCGUGUCUGGUGUGGAAGACGCGCUCUGCGCGCUCGUCGCGGAUUGCUGCGCGCCGGAUCCGGUGCAUCGCCCGCUGGCGGCGAACGUCGCGGCGCGGCUCGGGUGGAUGUGCCUCAUGCGCAAGGGAUCGUCACGGUCGGAGGAGGAGGGGGAGAAGGAGAAGGAGGCGCAGGCGGGCAGUCUGUCCGGGUCGAUGUCGGCCGGGUCGAGGACGUCCCUGUCGUCGUCGUCAUCCUCGAGCGUGUUGUUGGCGUACGCGACUUCGUCGUCCUCGGACGAUGGGGAACCCGUUCCGCCCCCGCCUCCCGAGGUUCGAGUUGCCCCCCAGCAAAUGCUUCCGGAACCCCAACCCCAACCGCAGCCGGACCAGCAACAGCGACCGGACCAGCAAUUGCGACAGCCUGGGCGCGCCUCACAAGUGAGCGCCCUGUCGGACUUUACGGAAGUGAUGACCCUGUCUCGCGCCCUACCCACCGCGCCGCACUACUAUUACUACCCUCCCCAACUCCCACCCCCACCCGUGCGUCCCGCGAUGUCAUCAGCGCGGUCGAUCGCGCCCUCCGUCGCGACGAGCAGGAGCGGGAGUCACGCCGCCGGUAGAGGAAAAACGCCGCGCGCGAAGACGUACGAGUCGACCGCGCCGCUCGCCAUCGCGCUCAUGGACUCGCUCUCGCCGGCGCCCCCGCCCCGCACGCGGCAGCGGAAGGACAGCGCGCCCGCCCGUGUUAACGCGCAGGAGGCCAGGGCCGCGCCGCCGCUGCAGAUACAGAUCCUCCAGCAGCACUACGCGUGGGCGGAUCCCGGUUCUGUCCCCGGGUCGGCGAGCACGGUGCGCGCGCCUAUGUCGACGGUCCGCCAGACGUUGGAUCCGGAGCCGGGACCGAAGCGGCCGUCGCUGCCCGCGACGCCGUCGAGGGUGGUGUGGAAGGUCGCGUCGUCGUCGUCGGAGACGUCGUCGAGCCCGCUGGAGGAAAGCCCGCCUCCGCAGUCUGGGCUCGUCAACGCCGAGAGCGAAGCGUAUGUGCCUCCUCCUCCUCCUCCGCCGCCUUCGCGUCCUGCGCGGCCUGAAAGGAGGUACACCACCGGUCGGGAUCGGGAGGAGGACGAAAUGCGGGCAUGGGCCAAGGCGGCGUUGGUCAAGAGGCAUUACCGCACGCUGCGCGAACCGGAUCCGCUGCCUCCGGGCGGAUGGGGCAGCGUGCCGAGGUUUGGGGAGGGCGUGCUGGUGUUUACGCAGAAUCGGUGAUUCGGAUAUAUGGAUAAACACCUCCUUCGAGAUUUCGUUACUUUCCCCGCGUUCCUGACUUGACCUUAUCGUUGCACAAUCUUACACUCAUUUGCAUCUGCUUUUGCACCCUGUAUGGUCUCGUUUACUUAUCCUCGUUAUCACAACACUCCCUUGUAUGCUCGUGUCGAUGUUUUAUAUACCAG